AUGGGUGAUGCUGCGCGCCCAAGUGACGAUGAAUUCACCAAAGUCCUCCAGGAGAGCCUCGUGACGUGGUCCUCCUAUCUGAGUGCUGGGAGCGAAGAUCACCUAUUCCCCCUCCAAGCCAUAGACUUGAAAUCCCUCGUCUAUCAGACCCCGCCUUUCCUUGGUGAUGACCUUGCUUCCUCCGACGAGAAGAUCUUAUUCGCCUGUGAGGAGAUGCAAUCGACCCAGGGCAGUCUUUUAAUAAACGGCCGGUCAACGUGGAGAACUUCGAAAGGGACUUGUGACCUGCAGCCGCGGAUUCUGCCGAAGCAACUUCUUCUAGCAGUUGGUCGUCGAUCAAGGGUGAGGUUCUCAGAAGACUCUCCCCUCUCAGACUGGCCCGGUGUUCAAGGACUCUCGGGUUAUGACAAGGGAAAUUAUCUAUCUGUCCUUUACUUCGCAUGGGCCUAUAUCCUAUCUGCUCGAUGGGUUGAGUUACUUCAUCGAUCUGCGGACCACGAAUGCCAUAUGGGCUACACUGUGCAGGGAGUGGGGAGUUCACCUCCACCGGAUAAGCACUCCAAGGUUCUGAUUGACCUUGGCGAGGAUGAUUGUGAGGAAGAAGUUCUCUGGUGGCGCGCCAUUUUGUGUUCUGGAAAUGGCUGGGAUGCUACCACUAAGUACAAUGGCCAUAUCUAUUUGUCGCCAUGGUCGGUGUCGAUAAAGGAAGCCGGAUUAACCCUGGCCACAAAGGCCGCUAUGGGUGCUAAGUCAGAGCCACCAUCAUCGGCGACCGCUCUCAAAUACCUCACUCGUUUCUGUGUGCACCAUCGCUUUUACGCUCAGUGCUCGCUGGCCCUUGCUGGAGUACUCUAUAUCCCUUUUCUGAAGGGGAGAAUAGUUUCCCUCCCGUUUCCCAAACCGGUUCCUCGGCUGGAACUAAAGGAGCAUGUUGAUGACUCGAUUACAGAUUUUCUCAACGGUCACAGCCAGUUACUUCCCAAGUAUAUGACCUUAAGUUCCAAUCCGUGGGGUUUACGCUCUCUUCUGAACAGCACCUUCUUCAAUCCAGAUAUUGAGUGUAACUUGGUCAGUGCCUGGUUGAACCCGGCUUUUGCGGUUCUUGAUUCAAUCCCCCCAAGGAAAACCUCAUUAGUCGCAUUACUUACAAAUCGACAGCCUCGACUUGGGAUUCUCUGGCUUGGUGCAGUUUUCACAGAUUUGACAAAAUCUAUCUUGCGCGAUCUACGAUCAGGAAUGGUGGCUCUAGAUCUUCUAGCCUCUGCCUGGACUGGAACAACACAGACGUUCUUGACCUCUCAAAUGGGGGACAAUAAUGGUGAAUCAAUACGCCGCGAUGACGAAUGCCGGCUGUUAUUCAUUACAGCUUGUGAAGGUCAUGACAGACCUCCAAUCUGGCCUUGGAAACCCUUCGGGGUCACACAAAUUUGCGACACAGAGCUGUCGGUUCGACAGCAUGCGCAAUGUGCUCUUCAUUGCCUAGAAUACCAAUCUUGGGAGUGGAUGCUAACAAACGACCGUUUAAUUCGAAUUUUCAGAGAGGAAAGUAGUCAGCUUCCUGAUAAAACAUCAUACUCCGCCCCUGAGAGCAUAUCGGCUAAGCUCAGCGAUCAUAACUAUGAUUUCCUCUCGCAAACCUUUUCCGAAAUAGCCACACGUGGGAUAUUCGGAUGGUUAAGGUCGACAGGGUACCCUCGCAGCGAAAGACCCAUAUACCAGCAUUCUUGGUUUGAUUUAGGUACUGACGAACAAGAGCCUAAUAAUGCAGAAUCAGACGUGGAAAUACACUGGGGUCCAAAGAAGAGGCACGUCGAGAGCUGGCUUGACGGUAUCGAAUAG